UCAAGGUUGAGUCACAUGCUUUACAGUCAGAGUAGUGUGAAAGCUCUGACACAGAGCACAGGAGCUAAACAGACUCUCAGUGACAGGUUUUUCUUACAAAAAAAAAAGAAGAAUGUAAAUGAAAGAACCCUGAGGAGGCUACAGGAGUACAGGAGGAAGGUGUGCAACAAGUUGGAAAACCAGGUGGUCAGAAUGAACUAUGUAGGUCAGUUGUUGGGGACAGUCAGGAAGCUGUAUAAAGGCCUAAAUCAGGCUACUCUUUCAGGCUGUAUCGAUGUGGUGGUUGUGAAGCAGCUUGAUGGAUCUUUCCAGUGCUCACCAUUCCAUGUCCGCUUUGGCAAGCUGGGAGUUCUGCACUCCAGAGAGAAAGUGAUUGACAUUGAGGUUAAUGGGUCUCCAGUAAAUCUGCAUAUGAAACUGGGUGAUAACGGGGAGGCUUUCUUCGUCCAGGAGACCCAGGACACUGAUGAAUUGGUCCCUGACCAUCUGGUUACAUCACCGAUCCCAACUGAGGAACCAGUAUUCUGGAGCCAUGACUCUCACAUGUGUGAAUCAUGCUAUGAGACAGGAGUAAUAGAGGAUGGAGGGGGUGCUAUGAUGAAAAAGAAGAAAAGAAGAAAGCGAAAACACAAAACAACUGAGCAGAGGAGAGAACAGGCAGAGAUGCCAUCAAUCAGGGAUUCAGCUGAACUCAGACAGCAACUUACUUCUCACUACAUUGAUAACUACCCACUGUCUGAUGGUGAUUGGGCUCCAGACAGUAGGAGUGUUUCAGAGCCCAGCUCUCCAAAGAGUGAUUCAGAACUGGCAAUAAGGUCAUCCAACAAUGUCAACCACCAUGACAACCAUAUGCAGUGGACUUGGGGAGAACUUCCAGAAACCACCAAGUCAAGUAGUAGAGAAUGGAUGGAGUCUUUGAAGACAGUCAGCAUUACGCCAAAUGACAGUACUCACUUUCGGGUCAUCGACAACAUAAAAGCCUGGGCAACAGAAAUAGAGCACAGAGGAGAAUCUGUCCAAGCAAUCAUCAAACCUCAGCCUGAACCACCCACCACCAAACAAGAACCUCAGCCACAAUCCACAAUAAGCCAAGCAGACGUUAAAAUACCUAAACAAACACCUUUUCCAGAUAGAUCAGAGAAUCACGCUGAACCUAACUGUGAUCCACAAACACAAGUAAACGAGUCUUGUACCUGCAAUUCACAAACUCAUGUGCAACACAUAGUGUGUCAGACAUGUAGACGGGACCAAAACACGCCCACGUCUGAACAAUGUACCUUAAAGUCUGAUUCCUCAGGGUCAAACCAUGAUUCUGUUAAUUCACUUGGGGGAGGCCUGCUUCCUGUUUGUGUGCUUCAGACUGCUGCUGUUCAUCCCUUGGGUGACAAAACAGAUCCAAGCUGCAAAAGGAAAGUAGUGAGAAAAAGGAGUCAGCAUCAAGGUCCAGAAGAUAUCUACCUGGAUGACCUCACAACACUAGAGCCACAUGUUGCAGCUCGCUACUUCCCCAGAAGUGAGUCAUCGGAGCAGUGGCAGCAAGGGUGUAUUCGAUCUGGUUCUCCUCAGUCAGUGGGCAGCGCAGCGGCAGACAGCGGGACAGAAUGUCUGUCUGACUCCACACUGGAGCUGCCACCUGUAUCGCUGUCUCUCUGCGGAGGCAUUGGAGACAGUGAUUAUGUUAAUAAGGAGAAGUUUUUUAAACAUAUAGUCACCUACCAGCAGUUUGUUGACAACCCAGGCAUCAUUGACAACCCAAACCUGGUUGUAAGAAUUGACAACAGAUACUAUAAUUGGACUCUGGCUGCUCCACUUGUUCUCUGUAUGCAGGCUUUUCAGAAAACCCUGCCCAAGGCAGCUGAGGAUGCCUGGGUGAAACAGAAGAUGCCGAAAAAAAAAACCCGCUGGUGGUUCUGGAGGAAGAACAUUGUACAACAGUCCGAGAUCAAACAACCAGCAUGCAAUGCAUUUCGUGGAACCCAGCACCAUUACCAUGACAGUCCUGAUUCACAGCAGAUGGCAUGUGCAGACUCAUCCACUGAUGAAGACUCUAAAGAGCUGAACACAACUGCGUUUGCUGGGUCCGUCCAAGCAGCAGGCCACACACACACGCACUCUUACAAGAAAUCAUUACGGCUUUCAUCCGAUCAGAUAGCGAGUCUGGGCCUUAAGGAGGGGCCGAAUGAUGUGGUGUUCAGUAUCACGACGCAGUACCAGGGCACAUGUCGCUGUGAGGGCACCAUCUAUCUGUGGCAUUGGAAUGACAAGAUUGUCAUCUCCGACAUCGACGGCACCAUCACUAAGUCUGACGUAUUAGGGCAUUUCCUUCCACAGUUUGGAAAAGACUGGACACAUCAGGGCAUUGCCAAGCUCUACCACACUAUACAUGAGAAUGGCUAUAAGUUUUUAUACUGUUCAGCACGUGCGAUUGGGAUGGCUGGUAUUACUAGAGGAUAUUUGCAGGGGGUUAAUGAUAGCGGCACCAUUUUACCACGAGGACCUCUGAUGCUUUCACCCAGCAGUCUGCUUUCAGCUUUCCACAGGGAGCUGAUCGAGAAGAAACCGGAGAAGUUUAAGAUCGAGUGCUUAACUGACAUCAGAAAUCUGUUCCCUUUGAACACUCAGCCGUUUUAUGCAGCCUUCGGCAACCGCAGCAAUGAUGUGUUCGCCUACAAGCAUGUGCAAGUUCCUGCAUGCCACAUAUUCACAGUGAACCCCAAAGGGGAGGUCAUUCAAGAGCUGACCAAAGGCAACAAGACAUCGUAUAGUCGCCUCAAUGAGCUUGUAGAUCAUGUUUUCCCUCUGGUCGCCAAAGAACAAAGUGCUGCCCUGAAUUUUCCUGACUUCAGUUCAUUCUGCUACUGGAGGCAGCCUGUCGCUGAGAUCAGUCAGGAAGACAUCCUGUUACUUUGAUUGAUGGAGACUGGAAUAGAUUUUGGAAACAGUUACUGUUUGUAAGGAUUCAACCAUAAAUAAAAAAAAAAAGGUUAUGAAUAUAAUUAAAUGUAACAAAGAGCUCUUCUUCAAAGAGCACAAAAAACUCAUUUUAAGCUUGAUUUUAGAUGUGAAGUUUGAUAUUUUAGAAACUGUAAUAAUGCCUUGAAACAGGUUUAGAACAUGUAUUUGAGGAUUUGACAAAUUAAUCUAUAAUAAAAAAAAUAUUUUUUAAUAUAAAUGUUUACAGCAUGUAUGGCACUUUAAAGGUAAAAGCCUUGAAGUCUGUAAAUGUGAUCUUAGUUCAAUCCUAAAAUCUGAAUAGUGUCAGCGUGGGUUUAUUCUGGGUUCCCUGGUGUCUUUCCUCCUCCAAAGAACAUGCCGGACUCAAGUACACACACAAAAAAGUACACAUACCGUUCACUCAAGCAGAAGUACAAAUACUAAUUGUUUUAAAAGACUCUGGUAAAAGAUAAAGCUCUGACUACAUUUUUAUACUCAAGUUAAAGUAAAGAAGUUUGGACUCUGACAUGAACUUAAGUAAACAGUAGCCAUUACUGCUACCUGUUUUAGCGUCACACUGGUAACAGUAUUAAUACAAAACGAAUAUCAAAUUUUGUUAUCUUAUGAAUGAAUCCAGGCUAAACCACCACCAUAUAGAACACAAGCAGAGAGAAGAUGAUGAUGAUCAGGUGAUCAGGAAUGUGUCUGUUCUCAGUCAUGUUUACAUCACUGACUCCCUCUGUCUCAUUCACGUCAGCCCCAUAAUUCUUGUUGCCUUCAGCCCUGCUCAUUUUUAGUUUUGUAAACUAGUCCACAUCUGUGGUGUGUGAUAACCAGGAAAUGAUACAACAGUGGUAGAUUGAAAAACCCCACAAUGACAGGAAAUCGGUUGAUGGGCUGAAAACGGCACACAAUGAGAAGAAAAAAUAUUGACGUCACCAAAUAUUGAAAGUAAAACUCAAGUAAUGAGUCUGGUUUGAAAAUGUAAGAAAUAGAAAGUACAGAUAUUUGUGUAAAAGAUUUGAGUGAAAGUAAAAAGUUGUAAAAAAAAUAAAUAAAUAAAUGGUAAAGUACUGAAACCAGACAAAUUUACUUAAGUACAGUAACAAAGUAUUUGUACUUGGUUACUUCCCACCUCUUUCUGGACCUCAAGAGUGUUCUGGGACAAGCGUAAAGUAGCUACUAAAACUGAAUGUAUUUAAAGGCAGCUUUGGGGAUAAAUGUUCAUGUAAAUAGCUGUAUUUAGUUGUAUAGUAGGUCUUAUUUGUAUAUAAAUUAGUUUUUUUGUCAAGUUUCAUGUUUCCAUGCUGUUUAAGUUCUGUGUGUAAUUUUUUUUUUAUGUUAAGUCAGAGUUCUAAAUAACAGUUUCUGACUUACUGUAGGACUGGAAUUUUAAUGUGUAAAUAUAUAUUUAUUAGACCAAAAAAAAGAAAAAAAAAAAAACCAAACUAUAAAAUGCUUAAUUUGCAAUAGGAGGUUUUUUGGACAGUUUCUUGUGCUUGAUAAAAGUUGGAUAUUUUACAAUGUGCUCUCAUUUAUAGUAACAUGAAAACUGUCAAAUUCCUAUAAAUGACACCACAGUUAAAAAAUAAAUUAAAGUUAAUUUAUAUUUGUAUUUGGUUUUACUAUUGCAAUAAAU